GCUCCAAGUUCCUUCUGAUCCUUUCGCCUCGUGCUGUCCAACUGAGGGUUGCCUCUCCUUCCCCGCAUUUCCUCUCGCUCUCAGUCGGCCUGCAGCAAAACGGGUCUAGGGCUGCUGAUGGCACCCUUACGCAAACGCGACAAUAUAUCACAGUACUAUUGCUGGGGAUGCGCCGGUGCUGCCGGCAGUGUGCUAGCACUUCUUACCCAGUUACCAGGAGCAGCUGGAUGCCUGCGUGCCGCUUGUCCGGCCCUUCUGACCGCUGCCUAGCUUGACCUGCAGCGCUUGCUCCUCGUCUCUGCUGGCCCUGGCUUUAAAUUAUUUGUAUCAGAAUAGGGCCAAGAAUUACGAGGAUUGGCUUAGGCUCGAAGGUCGCCUCUAUGAUUUGACCGCAUUUCCACCUGCACUGUGAAAAGGAUCAAAAAGCCGCGUCCUCACGGAUGAGCCAUAGUCCAAUGGACAUUUUGGAAUGUACCAAAGCUUGUUAAAACUACACCUUGGAGAGUUGAGCUGGUAGGCGUCACGAGCGAUCAUCUCAUGUAUCGUCCUUCUUCCCCUCCCAUGUGCCUGCUUCAGGAAAGCAGGUCUAGUGCAUGGGCAAUUCUGGGGGUGGCAAAUGGAACCUCUAUCCAGCCUAUCGCCCCCCAUGCUGCCAGUGUCAUCUCCUCUCUGGAGUCUGGAGAAAUUGCAAGGGCGUCAAAGCAAAUGGAUUGUCCCCGGUUCUGCACCUAGGCGUGCGCAACUGCAUCGGCGUGAGAUUAGCCCUGCAGUAGUAUAUUCACACUGCAUUUUCCACACACGGACAGGGUGGAAGUAGCUAGGGGUUUAGAUUUGGGUCCCAGCGGCGUUUCGCUCUUGGUUUCAUUAGAAUAGCCGAGAUGAGAUCUCAUGUACGUUUAACUCAAGCCAGGAAGACUAUUUCCAAUAUGGUUGAUUGCUGGAGAAGUUCAACAGGCGCUGGCAACUUGCGGAUCCAGGGGAGUGAGGUCUUUGAAUACCUGUUUUGAUAUACGUAGUAUGAAGAAAUGCAGUAGAUCAGGGAUUUGAUGCAUUUACCAUCCAUCCCUGACCGGCAGUUGUCGAUGGCCAACGCGUCGAUUGUAAGCGGCAAAAUGGUCCGAGAGGCACUCUUAGCCUAAUCGUGAAGUAUCGCCACAGCCUUCACCGAGAGGUAUUCUAGGAUACCUUGUUAGUCUGAAUUUAACCUCUGGGGUUUACGCACUCAGGCAAAACUCUGGGGUUCAGCCAAUCGCGGUCAAAAUCAGUCAAUAAACCUUGCACCCUUGCAAAGGAGACUCCAAUGGCUGAUGCUCGCGUCAAGGCUCUUUACUAUCACAGGUCUGCGAAGGCGUAGUUUAGGCUGUCUGUCCUCCGGAUGAGGCAUUUGAUGGUUGUUUAGCGCAUCCUCGCUGCAGUCACCCGCAAAAGGUUCAAGGCCGCCGCCAAAAUCUGGUAACCGAUUUGCGGGAUUGGGCCUUAUGGAUGGAACACCCCUGUCGGAAAAUUCGGUGGCUUCAAUGAAUCGGGACGUUCCGAGAGCAGUCAAUGCUACUCUGGAGGAGUGUUUUGCUCAAUUUUUGCCAGAGCGAGGCGGAACCAGUUGCUUCGUUUUGAUGGUCUGACCAGGCUUUCGUGUCCUUUGAUAGAGUUGAAGUUGAGUUCCAACUGCUGGGAUCAUGUUCCGCACGGGCCGAGGAAUGGAUUGUGGAUGUUUGUCUGCUUAAUCGAACGUGAAGGGAAAGGGAAGUGACAAUCGUCCCAUGAUUGUCUGACGAGAGUCGGCGAAGCCGUGAUGAAGGAUAAUGGCCCACAACCUCUUUUCGUUUCGCACGCGCUGAGUGGUCCGGGGCUCCAGGGGGACUCCGUGUGUUCUUGUCAUUUGGGGGUUAGACUGUCAGACCAUCUGGAGUCUAGUGCCUCCCAAAUUUCUCGAUCGUUUAAGCGACGAGGGGAAAAGCUGAUCGCUUUGACCCCAAAGAGGCGUCGUCGAAUCACUGCCACGAGAAGAACCUUAACGUGCUGAAGUCUUUCCAGGCUCCUCAACCCAGCAUCCCUGCCCUUUCAUGGGUGGAUAAUAGUUUCCCCAGCUCAGCACAUUGCGGCUUAAGAUGAGCCGGGGGCGGCUACCAAGGACAAAAUGCAAGCUGUCAUGGGUUUACACCGGAGUACAACUGUACAAGGAUAUUGUGAAGGGACUGAAAUCCUAAGAAGGUGGGCGAGGAGGCAAGAGUGGGACAACGAAAGAGGUUUCGGGUAUGAGUCAGGAUUGAGACAUCCCCGGAAGCUGACCGGAAAAGACUGUCAAGUGAUUUUUUUCUCACGCUUUUCCGACGAGCACCAUGUGAACCAGGGAAUCUUGAUGGGGAUGGACUCUGAUCGAGAGAUUCAAAUCUGGCUCCGUGGCCUCCGCUCAAAUACGACCCUGUUUGACCACAAGGUCUUUUGGAGGAAAGGGUUUGCCUUAUGAUUGUGAAGCUCUGCUGAGCGCGAGAGAGCUUGACGGAGAAACCACCGUUCCCAAACAGUCCUCCACGCGGGGAAAAGGUGGGCCAGCCCCGAGGCCACCGAGACUGACAGCUUGCGCUCCGCCCUAGGCACGUAGGCACCUUCCGACAUUGUUCCAUUGUCUUCGGCCAAAUGCCGUGACUCGAAACCCUGUCUGCAGCAGCAUGAACCGAGACGCGGUAGCUAGCCUGCAAAGCCAGCCAUCCUCUUGGGAGUUGAAGCCAGGCAGGUGGAAACGUGAAGAAUCGGACGAUGAGUGAGGUCUGUCUAACCUGAGUUGGCACGGAACUCCCGAUCUCGAAGCGGCUUAGCGUUCAGGCCAGGCACGGGCAAUUCUCCGUGUACCUGGAUAUUCCAGAAGACUGCCAGAUCGAAUGAGGGGAAGCCUUGACUUGCUCCGAAUGACUUGCUCUAAAUGGCUGAGCUUCCCAAUGGUUGAACGGUGGCCGCUGGCCGAUAAAACGACCUAACUCCCUUGUGCCGUCAUCUUCUCUUGCGACCAUACUUGUGCUCAAUUGGGUCGCUGUUUAUCGCAAACUAUCGCAGAUAUGACCACAUUCGCGCAGCACAGUCUUUCCUCCGGAUGGAGCUUCAAGGACAGUGAUGACCAGUCUUCUGAAGCUUGGUUGCCGGUUCCUGUUGUUCCCUCCGUAGUCCAGCAAGAUUUGCAGGCGAACGGCAAGUUGGAAGAUCCGUUUAUUGGAUUCAACGAGUUGAGCGCGAGAUGGGUCAAUGAGAAGUCAUGGACAUACCGGAAUGUCUUCCAGAAACCGGAAGUCCCUGCUGGCUCAUCCGUCUUCUUGGUCUUUGAUGGGCUGGAUACAUUCGCCAGGGUGAAGCUCGACGACCAGACAAUUCUCGAGAGCGAUAACAUGUUUCUCGCCCACCGCGUUGACGUUACGAAAUUCCUAGAGGCUGAGGGUGAGCACACAAUUGAGAUUGAUUUCGACUGUGCCCUACUUCGAGCUCGUGAACUUCGAAAGCAGCAUCCAGAGCACAAGUGGGUCGGCUUCAACGGUGAUCCUGCAAGAAUGAGCGUCAGAAAGGCCCAGUACCAUUGGGGUUGGGACUGGGGCCCGGUCUUGAUGACCGCGGGUAUCUGGAAAGAGGUGCGCCUUGAAGUAUACUCUGCUCGGGUCUCGGAUCUGUGGACGGAGGUGGACCUGGCUGCGGAUCAUGCCACUGCCCAAGUUUCUGCUUUCGCAGAGCUGGAAACCAGUGGCGACGCUUCAUACCAGGCCACUUUUACGCUGAGCCUUGGUGGGCAAGAGGUUGCGAAACAAUCAUCUACACCGGAGAACAAUGUCGCCAAGGUCAGCUUCGAUGUGUCGAACCCUUCCCUCUGGUGGCCAAAUGGCUACGGUGACCAAACCCUAUACGAGAUCUCCGUGUCAUUAGAGAAGGAAGGAACCCAAGUUCAACAAGUAUCCAAGAAGUUUGGCAUUCGAACUGCGGAGGUGAUCCAACAACCAGAUAAGCACGGCAAGUCUUUCUUCUUCCGCAUCAACGGCGUUGAUAUCUUCUGCGGUGGUGCCUGCUGGAUUCCCGCCGACAGCCUUCUCACAAACAUCACCCCGGAUCGCUACCGGAAAUGGAUCGAGUUGAUGGCUGUUGGUCAUCAGGUGAUGAUUCGCGUCUGGGGCGGUGGUAUUUACGAAGACGAGAGCUUCUACCAGGCUUGCGAUGAGGUUGGAAUCUUGGUGUGGCAGGAUUUCAUGUUUGGCUGCGGAAACUAUCCCACUUGGCCCGAAAUCCUCGAGUCAGUCGAGAAGGAGGCUACAUACAACGUGCGCCGAUUGCGCCACCAUCCGUCUAUCGUCAUCUGGGUCGGCAACAAUGAAGACUACCAAGUGCAGGAGCAGUCGGGUCUCACCUACAACUUCGAAGACAAGGAUCCCCAGAGCUGGCUCAAAACGGACUUCCCGGCGCGUUAUAUCUACGAGCAUAUCUUGCCAGAGGUGGUGAAGAAGACCAGUCCGUCUACGUACUACCACCCUGGAAGUCCUUGGGGUGAUGGAAAGAUCACAUCUGAUCCUACUGUUGGCGACAUGCACCAGUGGAAUGUCUGGCACGGAACGCAGGAGAAGUAUCAGAUCUUUGAUACUCUCGGAGGCCGCUUUAACAGUGAAUUCGGAAUGGAGGCUUUCCCGCACAUGGCGACAAUUGACCACUUCGUUGAGAACGAAGCCGACAAAUACCCCCAAUCUCACGUCCUCGACUUCCACAACAAGGCGGAUGGCCACGAGCGAAGGAUUGCUACAUACCUAGUUGAGAACCUGCGGACAGCGACAGACUUGGAGACCUACGUCUACCUCACCCAAGUUGUCCAAGCAGAAACAAUGAUGUUCGGAUACCGCGGAUGGCGCCGCCAGUGGGGUGAUGAGCGUCAUUGCGGAGGUGCUCUGCUCUGGCAACUGAAUGACUGCUGGCCCACCAUCUCCUGGGCCAUCGUGGACUAUUUCCUGCGCCCCAAGCCUGCAUUCUACGCAGUUCGCCGUGUCCUGAACCCAGUCGCCAUUGGCGUGCGCCGAGAACACCAUGACUGGAGUGUAUGCCACGCACAGCCGCCAAAGACCAGCAAGUACGAGCUUUGGGUUUCGAGCAGCCUGCUGAAGGAGCUUGUGGGAAAGGUGGAGUUGCGAUUCAUCUCCAUCAAGACCGGUCUUGAGAUUCACGAUGCCAUUGUGCAUGAGGACGUGAAGAUCGUUCCGAACGGCACUACCAACAUCCUGGAAGGCGUCAUUGACCAUGCCGUUGAUGAACCACAUGUUCUCGCUGCCCGAGUGUGGGUUGAUGGCGAGCUGCUGGCACGAGACGUUGACUGGCCACAACCGUUCAAGUACCUUGAUCUCUCUGAUCGUGGUCUCGAAGUGACCAGGAUUUCCAAGACGGAGAAGGAGCAGAAACUUGAAUUAAGCACCAGGAAGCCGGUGAAGUGCUUGGUCUUCGAGGAACGAGACGGUGUCCGUGUCAGUGACAGCGCCAUUGACCUUGUACCCGGUGACGAUCAAAUCGUUACCAUUACAGGUUUGAAGCCUGGCGAUGCGCAGCUGAAGUACAAAUUCCUUGGACAGUAGUUCGAUGUUCUGGAGUUUGUUGGUUAUGACCGUCAGAUAUAUGCAUCUCAAUGAAAAAUAUCCCACACUCGUGCCAGAGCCCGAUAGAGAUUUUUUUCUUUUUUCUAUAAGGAGAGUCAUAGCGUAAACCCCAUAGAUAGGAUAGAUCUUGUCUGCGGGGUGAUACAGUUGAACUUGGGC